GCCCACGAUGAAAAUCUCACGUUGCUGGGUUACAUUGGGAAAUACAUAAGCACAAAAUAAUGGCAUUGUCGACCACAUUCCGUUUAGUCAUCAUAAACUAUAAUAGUUAAGCAGCUUAGCUCCUACUUAUCCUACUGCGUUUAUUCGCUUUCCGGAGGCACUGCAAUCUAAGUUGGCCCCUUCGUCUCCGUUUCUUUUCUCAAUCCCGCCAGAUUCUGGGGACGGAAAAAACGGUGCGCAGCAGCACAGACUGUGUGCCGUGGACAAAUUGGUCAUACUGUCCAUGCGAGAACUGAAGGGAAUCAGGAGAGCGUUUAAGAAGGAUACCGUGCCCGUGAGAAUCGUAUUUUUUAUUUUUAUUUUUUAUUUAUUUUUUUGCGCCCUGAAAAGAAAACCGCAGCAAUGAAUAAAUAAACAGGGCGGUUGAAAAACUCAGGGCGGCGAAUCGGCCAGUCGUGACCACGAGAGACUACGCAUGUAAGAUUCGUUACAUGUAAUUUCAAGACCAGCCGCAUAGUCGCUUUCAUAAUGCGGGCGUGAGAAACAUACGGGAGUGUAACGGCGGGGGGACUUAAAGUGCAACGGAGGGCCAGUAACAGGCUUGACGGCCAGGGGGUGUGUGCGACUGUAGGGCUCCAGCAUGUCGAACAGAAAGCACCGGGACAACCAGGAGAUAUGCGCCCGCAAGGUCCGGGAGCUCGCCCAGACGGGAGCGAACAAGCACUGCUUCGAGUGCAAUCAGCCCGGAGUGACUUACAUCGAUAUCACGGCGUGUCAACGUCUCGCCUGUGUUACGUACCGUUUCGUCAUGAUUUCAGGAGAGGGCUCAACCCACCACACAGAGUUAAGUCUAUUUCCAUGACAACCUUCUCCCAACAGGAAGUGGAGUUUUUGCAAAACCACGGCAACGAGGUUGGAAGGAGGACUUGGCUCUGCACAUUUGACCCAAAAGCAGAUGGCUGUUUUGAUGCACGUGACAUGCAGAAACUGAAAGAGUUCCUCCAGGACAAGUAUGAGAGAAAGAAAUGGCAUUUCACCAAAAGCAAGAUUCGCAGGGAGGCAGAGACGCCGUGGGGCCCAGGAGUUCAGGCUGUUCCAGCACCACACGGGCCCGCUCAGAGUCAGCCUCCACCUGGACUCCACUCCAACUCCACUGCCCGGCCCACUCGUACAUUGUCCCAGUUGUCAAUAUGGGACAGGGCUCCUGGUGUGUCUCCAGCUGACAGCCGUCCAGAGGUGUUCACUGCCAGACCAACUCGCUCACAGAGCUUCAGAGACCAUCCCAUUAAAGACACAUUGUUAAGUGGAGUGGAGAGACAGAGACCAGGGACAAUUUCGUCAGGAAUAGGACCACAGAGUCAUCUCUCCUCCUUCCCCGCCCUUCCACGUCCUUCAGCAAGUUGCACUUUCAAAAACAGCUUUACUUUAGGUCGCACUCUGUCAACUGGGGGUGGAGCUCCAUUUAGACCCUUCCCUAAAUCGCUGAGUUUGGAUUUUGGUGGUCUAAGCCAUGCCCACAACCCUCUAAGUUCUGCUUCUCUGCCCCCUGUCACUCAGGAUAAGUAUGCAGCCUUGUCACAGCUUGACAAGGUGUUCCCGGACAACACACCUGUCACAGCUAUUUCAACAACUCCCUCUGAUGGACCCCCUCAGUAUAGCACCCUCUUUGGUAACCGGUUAUCCUCAAGUUCAACCCCUGCAAGCUCCCCAGGUGUUCCAGAGGCCACCUCUGGAUCUCAAACUUUUGCAAAUUCCCCAAACCCCUUCAGUUCUACAGCCAGUUGCGCCCAGCCUGUUCUGUCUCCCAGUAACCCCUUCAACAGCACAUCCACAGAUGACACCUCCUCCUCAGCAGUCUUUCCUCAGUCUGUCUCUUUUCCUGCACCAACCACCCAAAGUGCUUUUUCACACCAACAGUCUAGUAACCAGGAAGUGAAUGGUUUCAACUCAUUUCCUGUCCCUGAGUCCAUCCCUAAAGUCCCACGACCAAUGUCUGUCAACCCUUUUACAGGGAAUGUUUACCCUAGCAGAGGAGCAUCACUGAAUCCUUUCAUCUAAUCCUGAACCACCUCGAAUAUGGAGGAAGAUGAGGAAAGAGAGAGAGUAGCAGAGAGAGCUUAUUUACUUUGCCAUGCCUACAGAAAAUUUGAGUCUGUGUCUGUGUGUGUAUGUGUGUUCAUGUAUGUUAAAAUGUGUGGGUGUUUGUUAGCAUACAUUGUACAUGAUACUAUUUGUACAUGUUUUGUUGUGUGUAUGAAUGUGUGUUUGUCUGUGCCCUUUUGUACUAGAUGCUAGAUGCCAAGCUGUGUGAGUGUGUUUGUGUGUACAUGUUUCUGUGGGUUUUUCUGAUAGCAGGAGAACCUCAGGUGAAAAUGUGCUUAUGUGAGAUUAAGAAUAACACACACACACACACACACACACACACACACACACACACACAUACACAAACACACAAGCUGCUGCUUUGACCUUGUGCUACUGCCACACAGUAGAACAUCUAGUGCCAACAUCCCCUUAGCAUGAGUGUUUACUUACAGUACUUCAGCAAAGGCUGAAACAAUGACAUUGACACAUUACAGUAAAACAGUAGCAAUUUAAGCUUCACAUUAUCUCACUAAUGCAUUUUUCUCAGUGCUGAUUUGGUUUAAAUGAUGCAGAUGCAUGUUGUUAAGAUGGCAUAAAUGAAACUGGCUUUCCCUCACUUACCUGUCUGUGUAUGUAUGCAGUUUUCUUUUCUAUUUAUUUUGACAUUGACAUUUUUUUAAAAUGUUUACAAUGUAUAUGUGUGUGCAUUGUUGGACUGCAUGCGCUUCACAAGCAGAGCAGGAGGCUGCUGAAAGUAAUGCAUUUUAGUGAUUACUGACGGAAAAAAGCUCCUUUUUAAAAUGUAUGGACCAAAAAUUGUCUGAUAUUGUCAAGUUUCUGUACAACAUAGCAACUGUUUUAUUUGAAAAAGGAUUCAUGUAGAAUGUCUUUGUAUUGAGAUGUAUCCAUAUGCAUAAAGCUAUCCAUAACUGUUGUCAAUGUGUAUCUGAUUGUCUAUGUGCUGCGAAUCAAACGGAAUUUGCUUCUUUUGCAUUUUCAUGCAAUAUCUUUUUACAACAGCAUCAUUUAUAUUUUUCUGUGAAAGUCAUAAUUUCAUUAUGAAUGUAUUUGCACUCUAUGAACAAUAGGGCUUUGAACUAAAAUUAAAAGUAUAAAUUUCA